AUGCCAAAAGUCUGGCUCAUUACUGGUUGUUCCAGCGGUUUUGGGAAAGAAAUAGCUCUUGCUGCAGCUAGAAAUGGAGAUAUUGUUAUUGCUACAGCACGCGAUAUAUCUAAGCUCGAGGAACUUAAGGGGCAAAGCGAGCUUAUAAAAACGAAGAGACUCGAUGUGUUGGACGAUGACACACAGAUGCAAGCCACUAUAGCCGAUAUCAUUCAAGAUGUUGGGAGAAUUGACAUCUUAGUAAACAACGCUGGGUAUAUCCUUGUGGGUGCUAUUGAAGAGUGUAGUCUCGAAGAAAUCCAGAAAUCAUUCGCCACCAAUGUGUUUGGUCAGAUGAAUGUUCUCCGUGCAGUUAUUCCCCGGAUGCGAGAACAAAAAUCUGGCACGAUAGCCAAUCUGGGUUCAAUUGGUGGUUGGGCCGGUGGUCCUUCUGCCGGAAUAUAUUGCGCAACCAAAGCGGCAAUUGCAAUCUAUACUGAAUCGCUCCGUGGAGAGCUUGCAUCGGCCAAUAUCGAGGUCGUUUGCAUUGAGCCAGGAUAUUUCCGAACAAAUUUCCUAGAAGGCGGCCAUAGGAUGAGGGCCAAGAAGCAGGUUCCCGAAGUCUCAGAUAGCAUGAACAACUUUUUGGACACAUACAACAAAAAACAGCCUGGAGACCCUCAAAAGGGGGCAAACUUGAUUGUGCAGCUGUUAGGCAAGACAGGAUUGGGUGAAGGCAAGACUCUACCAGCAAGGCUUGCCCUUGGGAAGGAUGCGGUUAGCUAUAUUGGCGACACUCUCAGUAGAAACCAGCAGGAUUUGGAUGAAUGGAAGGAUAUUGUUUCUCAGACGAACUGCGAUGAUGUAGUCUAG